CAUCUACAAAUCUAUGGUUUUAUUAUAAUGGUAGGGUUUCAUCGUUUGGUUGGUUUCGUUGACCGAACAACUUGUUUAUAAAUUGUUUUGUUUUGUAGUAUAAUUUAACAAAAGUUUUUAUAAUUGUUGCUGUAACAUCAUGAUUUCUUGUGUAAUUGUGGGAAACAUAAGUAUUACUAAGCGCCAUAUUUCUGUGUACCUUUUGUGAUCAAAAAGCAAUAGUAGCGAUAUUUUCUCACAUAAUUAUGGUUAACUGACGUUACUCUGUGCAUCCUCAAUUAUGGCAGAGCCAGGUUAUUAUCACGGGGAUUAUAUUCGACACCCUGUCCUUUAUGAACUUGGUAUCAAAUAUGGAAUUAAGACGGAAUGUAUUCCAGAAAUAGCAUUGCCGUCUAAGUUGGAGGAACUCAAGGAUGUCAUACGUAGAGAGAUACGUAAAGAGUUGAAAAUAAAAGAAGGCGCGGAGAAACUCCGUGAAGUGGCAACUGAUCGAAAAUCACUUUCUGACGUAGCAAAUCUUGUGAAAAAAGCUAAUCUAAAACUAAAUGAACUCAAAUCAGAUUUACAAGAACUGGAAUCCCAGUUACUUCUAUCCCGAGGUCAAUCGACUCCAACCUCACCCGAGGACUUAUCGUACGAUGAAGAAAUCAUCCUGGCAUCGGAGGCAGCGCAGCAGCAGCGGCAGCUGGGCGAGGGAACUGCAGAUCGCAAACUGGCCUCACUUGAAAAACAGUUGAAUAUUGAAUUAAAGGUAAAACAAGGUGCCGAAAAUAUGAUUCAAAGUAUAAGCAGUAGUAAUCAAUCCCGUGAUAAAAAGUUGUUGGCAGAGGCACAUCAGAUGCUUGCUGAUUCUAAAGAUAAAAUUGAAUAUCUUAAAUUACGUAUAUCUAAAAUGUCUAAACAACAAAAAGAGGAUAAUGCCGGUGCUAAUGGUGAUGGUAGAACCUCAGAUAUGAGUGGAGUAGAUCCAUUGCUUGAUGAAAGGAUAGCAGAACUAAGAAAUCGUUUGCGCAUAGAAGCUGCAGUUGUUGAAGGAUCAAAGAAUGCUAUCAGAUUAUUGCAGAGUGAUAAAAAGGUGACAGAUAAAAAAGCACUUCAGGAAGCUCAGACAAGUCUUCUGGAAUCAUCUCAAAAAUUGGAUUUAUUACGCUUAUCCUUGGACAUGCGGCGUCAGGAGCUGCCAGUGGAGAGUCCUGCAUUUAUUGAAUUAGGUCAUGAGUUACGCAGUACCGGCUCGAGCCCUGGAUAUGUAAGCUUAACUUGGGGUGGUGGAUCAAGAGCUCAGUUUAUGUCACCAACACCAAUGAUUAGUCCUUGUGUACAAGUUACCGGUACCCUUGAGGUAAGAUUAAUGGGUUGCCAAGAUCUUUUGGAAGAGGUGCCUGGUCGCACCAGACGUGAUCCAUUAGCCAGUCCCUCAGACUUGAAGUCUUUUGUAAAGGGUGUCACAAUUCGUAAUUCUAUGAAGUACACAUACAGCAUUAAGGAAGAUACAAGUAAUGAAAUUAUGGCUGUCCUAAAAUUGGAUAAUCAUACAGUGGCUCAAACAAGCUGGCGGCCAUGCUCUCAACAGGCCUGGGAUCAGAGAUUCACUAUCAAGCUGGACAAAUCAAGGGAACUUGAAAUAGGCAUUCACUGGAAAGAUUGGCGUGGACUGUGUGGAGUCAAAUUCUUAAGAUUGGAAGAAUUCAUUGAUGAUAUUCGACAUGGGAUGGCUUUAGAACUGGAACCUCGAGGCCUUUUAUUUGCUGAAAUCAAGUUCUUGAAUCCAAUAAUUUCGAGAAAACCAAAAUUGCAGCGUCAAAGAAAGAUAAUUAAACAACAGGGAAAGAAUAUUCCUCGGCCACCAUAUGGUGAAAUGCAUAUUCCAGCUGUUAUACUGGGUAGACUUUUAAAACGUUCAUCACCAUCUAUUCAGAAUAUUCAAUCUGCCCAUAUUAGUCAACCCCAGCAAAAUAUUUAUGAGCCAUCUUCUAUCGACAGCAAGGAUAUAGAAAAUCCCAAUGCUACUCUUGUAGGCAUGGCAGGUGUGAGGCCACUUGGUUUACCUGCCACGCCAAUUACACCACAAGUGCCUGUCACUCCUCCGCCAAAACCGAGUCUGCCUUUACACCCUCCCCCUAAUGUUUCAACACUUCGAAUGGAAAAAGAACUUCAGGAGGCAUUUGCAUUUUUAGAAGACUCCUACACUAGGGAUAAUUAUGUUCCAAAAGACCCUCAAACUCCAUCAUGCAACACACCAUUAGUUGAAUAUCCACCAUCACCAUCUCCUAAACUUGUUUUGGAAUAUCCAAGUAAUGAAGAUCAGAUUGUUGAAAUUACUGGUAACAUGAGGUUAUCAUCUUCUCGCUCGUCUUCUGUUAUAGAAACAUUAGGCAAGGAAAUUGAUUCUAGAAGACAGUCUGGUGAAAUGUCAAUGGAAAGUUUCAGACUUCUUAGUGUCCUGGGAAGGGGUCAUUUUGGGAAAGUAAUCUUAUCACAGUACAAACCUACUAAUGAAUAUUUUGCAAUCAAAGCUUUAAAGAAGAGUGAUAUAAUUGCUAGGGAUGAAGUAGAUUCACUUUUAUCUGAGAAAAGAAUUUUUGAGGUAGCUAAUGCUAUAAGGCACCCAUUUUUGGUGAAUUUGUUUGCAUGUUUCCAGACAGAACAACAUGUGUGCUUUGUAAUGGAAUAUGCCGCAGGAGGUGAUCUUAUGAUGCACAUACAUACUGAUGUUUUCACAGAACCUAGAGCAGUGUUUUAUGCAGCUUGUGUUGUAUUAGGCCUACAGUAUUUACACGAAAAUAAUAUUAUUUAUAGAGAUUUAAAAUUAGAUAACUUACUGCUUGACACCGAAGGAUAUGUUAAAAUUGCUGAUUUUGGUUUGUGCAAAGAAGGAAUGGGAUGGGGAGAUCGUACUGGAACAUUCUGUGGUACUCCAGAAUUUUUAGCACCAGAAGUACUAACAGAAACUUCUUAUACAAGAGCGGUUGAUUGGUGGGGUCUUGGGGUUUUAAUAUUUGAGAUGUUAGUGGGCGAAUCGCCAUUCCCGGGGGAAGAUGAGGGUGAAGUCUUUGAUUCAAUUGUUAAUGAUGAAAUUCGUUAUCCUAGAACUUUGUCUUUGGAAGCGAUAGCAUUAAUGCGCCGUUUGUUAAGGAAAAACCCAGAAAGACGUUUAGGUUCCUCUGAAAGGGAUGCAGAAGAUGUCAAAAAACAAGCAUUUUUCCGUAAUGUUAACUGGGAGCAACUGCUACUACGAAAAGUAAAGCCGCCAUUUGUGCCAACUAUACACAACUUAGAAGAUGUUAGUAACUUUGAUAGUGAGUUCACUUCAGAAGCACCAGUGCUGACCCCACCAAAAGAACCACGUCCACUAAGUGCUACAGACCAUAAACUGUUCCAGGACUUUACAUAUAUGGCAGAUUGGUGCUAGGCAGCUAGUAAAGUUGUUAUUAUUAAUUUAUAGUAUAAUUUCAUUUUAAAAACUAUAAACCCCCUUUGCCUUACAAAACUGAGUGAAUUUCUGUAUUUUG